GUCAGAGUAGUGUGACGUCACACAGUGUUUCAGUGAUGCCAGGAAGAUUGCUCGGGGAGGAGGUGGGGGAAGGAAAAUGCAGCUAAAUAAUCCUGUUUUAUAUCAUUACAAGGUUUAUAAACAAUCAGCAUGACUAUCUCCUAUCAGAGGGAUGUUGCGUCCUCCACCGCAGGGGGAUUCACCAGGCUUCUCUUCAAGUGGAAGGGUUCACUAUAUAAACUAAUAUGUCGUGAACUGCUUCUUUUCUUAAUCGUUUAUAUUCUCCUUGGAGUUAUCUACAGACAGCUCAUGUCCCCGGCACAGAAAGAGUUGUUCGAAAGUGUUGUUAAAUAUUUCGACGCGUUCUUGAACCUGAUCCCUCUCUCCUUCGUCCUGGGGUUCUAUGUGUCCUAUGUAGCCUCGAGAUGGUGGCAGCAGUUUCUAGCGAUCCCUUGGCCGGACAAGCUGUUCCAUUCGAUAGCCUGCUAUGUCGAAGGGUUCGAUGAGGAGUCUCGAAUGUUGAGAAGAUCUCUCAUGAGAUAUAUGAACCUUGCUCUCAUUCUAGUUCUCAGAUCCAUAUCUUCAGCUGUAAAGCAGAGAUUUCCAACCCUUGAUCAUGUAGUUGAAGCAGGUUUUAUGACGAAGACCGAAAUGGAAUUUUUCUCCGCAGUUCCCGCAAAUGAGUUUAACACCUACUGGGUUCCCUGCACCUGGUUUAUAUACAGACUACAAGAGGCAACUAAGAAGGGGAAACUACUGAACCAGUAUUCCCUAGAGAACAUCAUGAGGGAGUUUUGUGAGUUCCGAGCUAAAUGUGGUUUACUCUGGUGUUAUGAUUGGGUUUCUAUUCCUAUGGUUUAUACUCAGGUUGUAACAUUGGCAACCUACGUGUUCUUUAUCUUUACCAUCAUUGGUCGGCAGAAGAUUGACGGGUUUAGUGUACACAAGGCAAUGAGAAGUGGUAGGAUCCCUCUAGACAUUGAUCUUUAUAUUCCCAUAUUCACAGUUCUUCAGUUCUUCUUCUACAUGGGUCUCCUCAAGGUUGCUGAACAGCUGAUUAAUCCGUUCGGAGACGAUGACGAGGAUUUUGAACUUAAUUGGCUGAUCGACAGACACGUCAAGGCUUCAUUCCUCGGUUGUGAUAUCCUGAUGAACCCGGAGAGGAUUCCUCCCAUGGUUAAAGAUUUCUACUGGGAUAAACAGGACUGCCCUAUACCCUACACUGAAGCUUCUAUGCACUGUAAGAAGAAAACGUACCGUGGAUCAGCUGAUGAUAUGAAAGUACCUGAAGAUAAAUGUCAUAUGGUCCUGCCUGAGAUAGAGGAGGAGGAGGAGGAUGAAGGACAGAAACUAUCUCUCACCAGUCUUCUGCUUGAAUCCUCCAACAUCGUUGCAAAGAUUGGUCUGGGAGGAUUGGUCGGAGCUCCUUCUCAGGGUUCACUAGCUCACAGUAAGUUUAUUGGUUUAACAGAGUAUCUGAGUAUCAGAGUAUCAGAGUAUCAGAGUAUCAGAGUAUCAGAGUAUCNUAUUCCAUCCUUACUCCGAUCCAGUAUAACAUCCUUACUCCGGUAUACCAUUCUUACUCCAGUAUACCAUCCUUACUCCAGUUACUCUAGUAUUCCAUCCUUACUCCGAUCCAGUAUAACAUCCUUACUCCGGUAUACCAUUCUUACUCCAGUAUACCAUCCUUACUCCAGUUACUCUAGUAUUCCAUCCUUACUCCGAUCCAGUAUAACAUCCUUACUCCGGUAUACCAUUCUUACUCCAGUAUACCAUCCUUACUCCAGUUACUCUAGUAUUCCAUCCUUACUCCGAUCCAGUAUAACAUCCUUACUCCGGUAUACCAUUCUUACUCCAGUAUACCAUCCUUACUCCAGUUACUCUAGUAUUCCAUCCUUACUCCGAUCCAGUAUAACAUCCUUACUCCGGUAUACCAUUCUUACUCCAGUAUACCAUCCUUACUCCAGUUACUCUAGUAUUCCAUCCUUACUCCGAUCCAGUAUAACAUCCUUACUCCGGUAUACCAUUCUUACUCCAGUAUACCAUCCUUACUCCAGUUACUCUAGUAUUCCAUCCUUCCUCCGAUCCAGUAUAACAUCCUUACUCCGGGAUAUACUGAGUACAGGACGGGUAUCAGAGAGCGAGGAUGAUGAAGAAGAGAGAAGAGGAUCCAUUCCAUUCCUUUACAACCGGAGAGGAUCUAAGCUCCAGGAUAUAAUCAAAUAUAAUCAGGUUGGAAUAUGUGGUAGUUUUCAAACAACAUUUCAUAUAUUUUUUGUUGUUGCCAAGUUUAAUAUGAGAGCCAUGUUUUUAUUUGAAGGAGAAGAAGAAAAAGAAUAA